UUUUGAAUUUUCGACGUUCAUGUGGUGAAAUUGAAACACGUGAACUACCAAAAACAAAUAGCCACUCCAUAUAUAAUCUUAUUGGCAAGGUUCUGAAAUUAUCAUCGAUCGGCACUAGCAACAGCCAUGGGAGAGGUUGACCCAGCUUUCAUUCAAGACCCACAACACAGGCCAAAACUCUCCAUUAUCCAAGCCGAAGGAAUUCCCAUAAUUGACCUCUCUCCAAUAACCAACCACAAACUUUCAAAUCCAUCUUCCAUUGAAGGCUUAGUGAAGGAGAUAGGAAGUGCAUGCAAGGAGUGGGGCUUCUUCCAAGUAACCAACCAUGGGGUGCCCCUCUCUCUAAGGCAAAGGAUUGAGGAAGCUUCUAGAUUGUUCUUUGCGCAGACUCUGGAGGAGAAGAGGAAGUACAGAAGAGAUGAGGUAUCUCCAACUGGUUACUAUGACACUGAGCACACCAAAAACGUUAGGGACUGGAAAGAAGUCUUUGAUGUUCUAGCCCAAGACCCUACUUUCAUUCCAGUCACUUCUGAUGAACAUGAUGACCAACUCACUCACUGGAAUAAUCGAUUCCCUCAAUACCCUCCAAACUUUAGGGAUAUUGUCGAAGAGUAUAUUCAAGAGAUGGAAAAGCUGUCCUUUAAGUUGAUGGAGCUUAUAGCUCUGAGCUUAGGCCUUGAGCCAAAGAGGUUUGAAGAGUUUUUCAUCAAAGAUCAAACAAGUUUCAUUCGACUGAACCACUAUCCUCCAUGUCCUUAUCCUCACCUAGCUCUUGGUGUUGGUCGACACAAGGAUGGUGGAGCCUUAACCGUUCUUGCCCAAGAUGAAGUUGGAGGACUUGAAGUCAAACGCAAAGCAGAUCAAGAGUGGGUUAGAGUGAAACCUACACCAGAUGCUUACAUAAUUAACGUUGGUGAUACUAUUCAGGUUUGGAGCAAUGACUUAUAUGAGAGUGUGGAACACAGAGUGAUGGUUAAUUCGGAGAAAGAAAGGUUUUCCAUUCCGUUUUUCUUCUUUCCUGCACACGACACAGAAGUGAAGCCUUUCGAGGAGUUGACAAAUGAGAAAAACCCUCCAAAAUAUAGGCCAUACAAAUGGGGCAAGUUUCUUGUCCACAGAAAGGGAAGCAAUUUCAAGAAACAGAAUGUGGAGAACAUUCAGAUUUAUCAUUAUAAGAUAGCUUAAAUUAGCAGGGGCAUUUAGGUUAUGCGUGUAAAUCAGACUGAUGCAAGAAGGUUUCUGAUAUUUGGGAUUGUGAUAUUAUUUACUACUAUAAAUUGCUAGAGUGCGUUAUGAAUAUGGCUGUAGUAGCAUUGAUUAGAAGAAUAAAAUAAUACCAUUUAUCAUGAUCU